AAAUUACGCACUACGACGCAACAUUCAUUUGCGCCACUUUGAAGCAUGCACCGUUCAGUCGUACGACGCCGCGAGAAUAUAAAUAAAGGAUACUUUUCCACUUAUGAACUGGGUUUAAUACUUUCUCUUUCCCUCACUUUCUGUUAAACAUAUUUUCGGGUUAUGGUCCAGACACCCGCCCCCUUCACCGAUAUCCUUACGUUUUUACACAGCGUCCCUGUUGAACUCCAAAAGAAACCUGAACCUUCGAAUCAAGUCAUUCUCGAAUCGUUCCUGUUCGCAGCCCAUUGCGAUCUCGGCAUUUACAUCAUCGAGCCGAUUCUUGCCAAUGACGUACAUUUGAAGCAUCAGUUAUGGCAGCACCGCAAUGGUGAGCUGGUCAACAAGGCGCUCGAGAGCGGAUACAAGCAGAUUCUCAAGGACAUUGUCCGCUUAGUCAACCACGCAAACCAGCGCCAUGAACAAUUUACGACGGCCAACUAUACGUACAACGAAGUCCAACGUCAAACACACAUUGAUUACUUGAAAGAAGAGACCGCCAAACUGCGCCGACUUCUCAAUGCACUCUUCUUGCAGAAUGUGCCCAGCACCCCGGCACUGACGAUUUCCAUGUUUGAACCAAUCAUGUCCGUCGACGCCUAUGACUUUUGGAAGCUCCUUGGCAAGGAUGUUGUCGUUCCAUGGGACAAAUUCUCAACAACAUACAACAUUCUCUUUGGAAACGUCGAGCCACAGUACAAGAAAUACAUCCAGAACUUCUUGUGCGAAUCAAGCAGUAACAAUGUAACGGCAUUCACCUUUAUCUCACUUGUCGACAGCUUCGGUUUCCCUUUCGGCAGAAACAACGACAAACAGGCUCUCUCAGAAAAGGGCCGUGUGCAAGUGACCCAAAUGAUCGUCGAACUCAUGCGCGAACUCGGUUCUCCGGAAAUGCGUGCCCAUCUCUUGGAGGUCUAUGAAUGGUACAAGGGCAUUGAUCGUACCGAUGCUGGCGCUAUCCAGCAGAGAGCAAACGAAUGGGCUGCUAUCAUCAAAAAACAUCCACGCACUGACACCUCGACCCCUAAAAGUGAAGAACAGAAGCGUGCUGACGACAUCGACUUGGCCAGACGUGCUAUUUCUCUUUUCUACCAACGCUACAUGGUGCUCUGGAAAAUUGGUCCAACUGCUCGCGAUGUGAUCAAGAAUGUUGAUACUCCCGGAAAAGCACGCAUUCGCGACUUUCUUACAUAUGUGAAGCCUCUGGACUAUGCGAAUCUGAUCACGGUCAUUGGCGCCGACCCCGCAAGUUGGCCAAAGAAGAAACCAGUUGUCUACAGCUUCUUAGACACUCUCGUCAACCCUCCUUCAAAGUAGCUUCUUUGAUUAUCGACGCAUUCACUUGUAUCAAUCUUUCUUAUUUUUUUUUUCUUCGCUUGUUAGUAAUAAAAGGUUGUCCAAGUGCAUAAUAUUUAUUUUCACCUUGUGUGAACUGU